GAUUAAAUAUGCAGGGAUGCUGGGCUCUCUCGAAGGACACCACUGGACGAGGACCGCAUUCAAAUGCCGCAGAAGUGCAACGACAAUCGAGGGACCCGAAAUCCAACAGUUCGUACUACACUCAGAUAAUUAAUGGUGACUUUUGGAGUAAGAAUAAUGUCUUUGCUAUGAGUUUGAAUAAGGAUUUGAUAUAUUGAUUAAAUAUAUAUGUUCUUUUUUAAGUACUAA